AUGAAGUUUAGCAGUAUCCUCUUAUGUUCUAUCUCCACUAGUAUUUUCAAUCUUGUGUUAGCAGAUCCCUCGGAUACCUCAAGCUCAUCCAACAAAAUCGUGGUUCAGUCAGAAAAGCUAGUGGGCUGGGAAGGUUGUUCGGCUGCACAACAAAAGGUGGUGUAUGAAGCGUGGUACUCUAUGUUGGAUAUUGCAUAUCAGGCAACGGGUAGGAUUUACUGGAUCGAGCAACCCUCAAAUGAGUAUUUGGGAGGACCUAUAAGUUACAACAACCACCCGGAUAUAAAGGCCGUUUUGAACAAUGCGUAUACUUUCAAGCUCGCAUAUAGUUGGAACUGGAGGGCUUGGAAGAUUAAUAUUCGUUGCGAUGAUUAUACCGGUACAUGCAAAAAACGACCGACAGCUGGUGCAUGGACUUUGAAUCCAGGAGCGAAAAUGGCCCCCGGCGAAGGUCCAAGCCCGACAAUGGACACAAUUAAUUUUUGCAACAACACUUUCUUCGAUAAUACCAACACUUGUGCUGAAUCGUGGAAACUCUACGGGAAUGAUGAUGAGAAAAAGAAUGAUCUGAGAUACUAUCAAUGCAGAGGCUGGGUCGUAAUACAUGAGCUAUUCCACUUGGAUAGUUUGUCUAAAGCAGGGGACCAAGGACACAUAAGCGACUUGAAAAUGGCAUGGUGGCCCGAGGGAUUAGGCAAGAUGGUAUACGCGGACGUCUAUGGUCCACUCAAAACUAAAGUUAUGGCUGCAUGGGAUGAUACCAAGGUCGGAAAGUACGUAGUUACCAAUGCUGACAAUCUGGCUCAAUAUUCACUUUCACUUUGGGUGAAAUCUAAAGGAAAAUAUCCACCACUACCCGAGGUUGGAAAAAAUAGAAUUGAAAAGAAUUUCGAGCCAUCUUUCAUCGACGACAACACAAAACCUGAGUCAGCACCGAGCGAAACGCCUCCAGAGGCUCCUCUAGAAUUGAAGAAACCAGAGCCUUUCACCAUGCCGACUGAUCCAUACCUUGACUGUUACGCGGGUGCAGGAAUGGACAAAGCCACCCAACCUUUCGUUGACCAACCGUUUGCGCAAGACGCCAUUGGAAAAUUCUGUGCAAGUGCAACUGCCACACUCUCUGCUGAUGAUAGUAUUUAUGAAGCCCAGUUUGCAGUUAAUGACAAUACUACUCUCUGGAUCGGAGCUGGUUGGCAGAUCGGUGAUGCAUCUUGUCAGACUCCUCGAGCUAUUACGGCCAGGGAAUGCGCCGAACAAUUGGGUAUGGUGCUUAAUAAUUGCGAUACCGACUCCAGGAAACAAAAGUAUGGAGGAUCUAGAGUGAACAAUUGUAUUGCAUGGAUGAUGGGAAUUGAUGGGAAGAUGCUUCGAGUUGGAGCACUAGCUGAGGAGUAG